CGUGUUGUGUUCUGGAAAUUUAUCACUUUGCUCGUAGCUGUAUAACACAGAACAAGUCUUUUUAAGUUUACAUAUUUGCUAAUAAUGUUUAUCUAUGUGUACUUCCUGGAAUUAGUCUCGAUCAUAGGAGCUUCAUUGGCAGUAAACAAUACAGAGAGAGAUUUGGUAUUGAAGGAACUGUUGAGGAAUUAUAAUUCUGCGGUUCCGCCAAAUUAUAAUCACGAUGACCAAUUGAGAGUAGAAAUUCAAGUUUACAUUUUGAGUAUAGAUUCCAUCAGUGAUUCUUCUAAGGAUUUUGCGUUAAGCUUUUUCCUGCGACACAGAUGGAAUGAUUCUCGUCUGAUACAUGACCCGAAACUAGGCACAUUUCAACUAAGUCAAAAAUCUAUGAAUAAAGUCUGGGUACCAGAACUAUUUAUUCUAAAUGAAAAACGUACAGCCCUUCACAGAGUAUCUACACCUGAUAAACUACUGCAUAUCAAACCUGAUGGAUUAAUGUAUUACAGCACUAGAAUUUCUGGAACUUUUUCUUGUGAUGUAAAUCUGUUGAGGUAUCCUCUGGACCAUCAAAUGUGUCCUUUAACAAUUGAAAGUUAUGGGUAUACUUCAGAGACACUAGAUUUGCAAUGGUAUAAGGAACCAGUAGAAGAAAAAGACGACAUCAUUUUGUCUCAGUUCAGUCUUGGCUGUGAAAAAACAAUUAAGUGUGAUAAAGUAUAUGCAGGAUUAAAGUUUUCAUGUGUCCAAAUGAACAUCAAACUAGAUCGUUUAUACGACUACUAUCUGAUUCAGACCUAUAUACCAACAACUCUUAUUGUCAUCCUGUCGUGGGUUUCAUUCUGGAUAAGCAUUGAUGCUACCCCUGCAAGGAUAUCACUGGGACUACUUACAGUCCUCACCAUGACGACACAGAAUACGGGAUUACCAAAAGUCUCAUAUUUCAAAGCAAUAGACGUUUGGAUGGUCUCCUGUAUGUUCUUUGUGUUUGCAGCAUUGAUAGAGUUUGCUUAUGUAAAUGUUUUGUCGAGAGUGCAACUGCGAAGGCAAACAUCUGUGGUAGACAACGGUGAUCAUGAUAAUACACCAAGUACAAGGAAAAGUUUCCCGUCAAAGAAUGAUUAUCGAACCGGAUGCAGGUUCAACAUAUGUUUUCAGAAUAUGGCAAAUAGAGAAAAAGCUCGGAACGUGGACAGAAUAUCACGAUUUAUGUUUCCGUUACUUUUUGUAUUAUUUAAUUUGUUUUACUGGAUUAUUUACCUCUUUGUCUUGAAAACAAAAGCAGACAUACAGCCAUGUUAAAAGAUAAUAAUAGUAUGUUCAAUCUUAUGUUUCUAUUUACUUCAGGUUUCAAUUUUGCUUACAUUAUUUAUAUUUAAUGUGUUCGGUUAUAUAUUGUAUUACAAAAUAAUAAUAUUUUGAUUAUGAGAAUAAUUUAUUGUAUUAGAGUGUCAGCUAUUUGUCUACAUUGUUAUAAACAAUUUGUCAAAUUAUAAAAUAUAUAUCGUAUAAUAAUUAAAUAAGACAAAAACACAAUAUUGUAACACUAUAUAUAUAUAUAUAUAUAUAUAUACAUAUCUUAUUAACUGUUGAAAUGAUUAAUUUAAAAGUAAAACUGCGAACUAUAUAAAAAUAAUGAAAGUAGAUAAGAAAAAUGCAAUUGAAAUUCAAGCUGGUUCGGAACCAUAUGAAAUAACAAAAAAGUAUUAUAUCAGAAUUGUUUCACAUAAAAAUGACAAUAAUUUAAAUGAGACGGCUUUACUGAGUAUGGAGCAAAGCAAAUGUUAUUUUAAACAUUUUUUGGAGUUAAAACAAUAUUAAUUUGAUUUGUGAAUAUGUUCAAUGACUCAAUCCUAUCAAAGCAUGAACAUUCACAUAAUAGAAACGUAUGUUUACAUUUUUCAUUUUGAUUUAACGCAAGUAUAUAACCAAAAGUGUAUACAUAUUGCUUAUCAAAGCAUGACGCCUUCGUAUCAUAUUAUACACCAAGUUAGAUAAAUCGUAUUGCAAUUCAACAUUCGGUAUUAAAAACUCAAAUUGGUCAAAAUGUGACUUUGGAUUGAAAGAUCUAAUCAUCAAAGACCUUAGCUCUGUGAAACAAAUUAAAAAACUUAAACCUCAAGUCACUGUAGAUCAAAAAGUGUAUCCCAUUUGAAACUGAUACAUGACAAAAUGGACUCAGGUUUCAUUAAACAGAAUGGUGUGGUUUCGUGUAACGACCCGUUUCGACAGACGAUAGUUACUAGAAAUUACAAGUAUAUUUUAAACAUUUUUGUAUUUCUAUUAACUUCUAGUACAAAACGUACUUGGGUGCAAUUUUUCUCGAUUAUUGACAUUCUGCGUGUGCCUUGAUUGUUAAUUAAAUGAAUGUAUAGUAUGAACAUUUUUAUAUCUUUAUUAAUAUUUUAAAAACAAUUAUAAAAACGAUUUAUCUUG